CAUAAUACCAAUAAAUUAAAUGUUAAAAAUGUAUAAAUAUUCAUUUUUCCUAUUUCUAUCCAUACACCUGUUCGUCUUGGCAUGUUUGAGCACCGCGCAACGACAUGGACCCUGGAGACACAAGGUCCAGUGGGAAACUAACGGACAAGUUUUUAGCUUACUGAGCUCUGGUUCCCAAUACCACACGCUGGAUUCUCCACGAGGAAACACGAGAUUCUUUCUGACCCGGCACGUGAUGCCUAGAUUCACAAACAGGAUUCUGUUGAGACGUUUCGCAGAUUCAAGUGCGCAUCCCGACUACGCGCAAGUGCGCGCAAGUGACACGGACGGUGGCGUUGAUGCGAGACCCCAUGAGAUAUCUCGUCUCACACAGCAGACGAGAAACAACGCACGUUUGACAUCUUUACGCACGGAGAGGAUUGCGUUUUUAUCAGAUGGGGCACAGCGCACACAGUCCGUGCGCUCUGGCGCAUCACCAACUCGCACGACUAAACUGGCCCCUAGUAAAUCUCCAUUGGCCACCAAUGCACCAGGAAGCCGCGGUUCAGGUACCAGAAACCAGGUGCCAAGAGUGUCAACCGCAAAACCCCCAGCCAGUGUCAAUUUGGAGAAGCCCCUUCUUCAACCACAACUCUCUACAACAAACUCAGCUAAUAACGCAUCGAGAAACAAUUUAGUGUCUGACGCGUCUUCACUGUCAACAUCUGUCAACAACAGGGAUGAAACUAAUCUCCAGAUUGAUAGAGGAAGUAUGAUUGGUGAUGAACCAACUAAUACGCAGAGUGGAAACCCUUUCAAUUAUAAUCUACUCCCGUAUGGAAGUGCAAAUAGACAUCGUCAGAGUAAUGGUUAUGGUACAAGGUAUUUCCACAAUGGCUUGCCUGAUCUGAUCCCUGAUCCGUACUAUAUACAAUCAGCAUCUUACAUUCAGAGAGUGCCAAUGUACUCAGUGAGGUGUGCUGCUGAGGAGAACUGUCUCUCCAGUUCAGCGUACAGCUCAAGCAUCCGGGAUCUUGACUAUCGAGUGCUUCUCCGAUUCCCUCAAAGAGUCAAAAACCAAGGGACGGCAGAUUUUCUCCCUGUGAAACCACACCAUCAGUGGGAAUGGCACAGUUGCCAUCAACAUUACCACAGCAUGGAGGCUUUCAGCAACUAUGACCUUCUUGACGCCUCCACGGGAAAGAAGGUUGCCGAAGGUCAUAAAGCCAGUUUUUGUCUGGAGGACACCAGCUGUGAUCCUGGUGUGAGGAGAAGAUACGCCUGCACGGCUCACACACAGGGGUUGGGUCCAGGCUGCUAUGACACCUAUCAUGCUAACAUCGAUUGUCAAUGGAUUGACGUUACAGACGUUACCCCAGGACAGUAUAUUUUAAAGGUAACAGUGAAUCCAGGUUUCCAAGUGCUGGAGUCGGAUUUUUCCAAUAACAUUGUCAGAUGUGAUAUCAGAUAUACGGGAUCACACGUUCAGGCACACAACUGCAGAAUCACAGAGAACUGAUUCAUUUGGCUCCUUCCAAACCUUCAUUGUUGAAAUCGGCAUAUUAAAUGCUAAAUUAUUAUUAUAUGUAGGCUUUAACUUAUUUUGCAUGUUUAGAUUUAUAUUCUCUUGCAUUACAUUGUCAAAUUAUUUAUUUUUAUUUCCCUCUUGCAAUUUCAUCCACAAACUAUUCCAAGUAAAAGUAAAGUUUGUGAAUGAAAUGAGACUAGAUCAAAUUUUAUCAAGCAUUAAACAUGGAAAGAACAGACAUUUAUGUUGAACCUGUCAAAAUGUUUUCUGGUCCAUUUAAUUUCUCAUAAAUAUAUUUUACUACUAGGUCAUCUGUUUAAACCACCAGUUUAUAUGCAUCUGUAAUCUACAGUAUACUUCUGGCCAUGGCUGGUACAUCAAAUGGGUCUCUGGGGUAAAAUCAACACAGCUAGUUGUGAAAGUUCAGUUUGCUCAAGAUCUCCAAACGUCCCAAGAAUGCAUAGACCUCCCGUAUGUUCCCCUCUGCCCCCCAAAAAUAAAGUUGCACAAAGACUAGAAAUACCAGAACCCGAGUGUCAGGCCUGAGUAGAGUCAAUUCAACUUGAUCAGACUCAUGACUACAGGUGAAUUUCUGGGCCAUCCCAAAGCAGGUUUGGGGUGAAAGUGCUUGUUUUUGGCUUGUUUACACUGCAUUUGUCACCUGAAAAUCUUUCAAAUUGAGCAGAACAGGAUUCUGUAAUGUUAAUUUUCAUUAUGUGUUUGUUUUACUUUUUCCAUUACUAUCUAAGCUGUUCACAAGUUUGAUUAAUAUGUGUUUGUGUUUUGCAUUAUCCAUGACUAAUUAAAACCCCACAAGGCUCCACUGUAAAUCAUGAACAACCAUCCUCAUUGAAAAAUUUUAGUCUUGGGAAAAUCUUUGCCACAUGUUUGGAGAUGUGAAAACAUCUUAGAUAAUUUGUUAAGUAUUUUUCUAAUUCAGAUGUGCAGUCAAUUACAAAUGAUGACAGGUCUUGGAAAGUCUUUAUGAUUUACAUAGAAAAGUCUGUGAGUUUGCAGGCUAAAUACUUUUAGAAGAAACUUAAAUAAACAAAGACUUGGGAUGUUUUCCAAUUACAAUUAUACAAAACUGUUUUUAUACUUUCGUGUAAAUGGGUCAUUAUUUAUGUCUGUUAAAAGAAAGCAUAUGUUCACAUGGAGUUCAUGCAGCACUAAAAAAGACAAUUCAGUUGUAGGUACUUACAUAUUUUCUUAUAUUUAAGUUAACAAUGCCUGCUAUAAUAAUAUAAAUUCCAGUUUAACUUGCUACUGUUUUAAACUUUUAUAUCAAAGUAACCUUACACUGUAAAAAGUGAAAGUUGGAUCUAAAAAACAAAAAAAAGUUGGCGGCCAGUGACUUCUUUAUUUGAAGGUGCAUAAUGCAAAGUUAAUCACAGCAUGUAUGUAUCUCGUCAUGUGUGUGGUUCGUCAUUUCAAAAUAUGUGUUCACCGCAUCAAGUGAACCAUGUGCAUCAUGCAUCUUGUCAAAAUAAGUGCCUGCUGCACAUGAGUCGAAACGGUUUAUGAUAAAAGUGACGCACGCGUUUGCCAGAGACUUACUUAAUCUCAUGUGUAUUCAAAGUUUUGUGCUAAGUUAGUGUCUUGCAAGCAU